AUGGCAGAGGCCAUCGGCGUCGUUGCGGGCGCCCUAUCUGUUUUGAGUGCUGCCAAUACGGCAUAUUCCAGAAUCGACGAGCUGCUAAAGUCUAUCAGCAAUGCUCCUGACACUUUGCAGGACUUGAGACGGGACGUCCAACAAACAAGAGACCUCCUGGCCCAGGUAGGAGAAUCAGUGCCGAAUCUCAGCCGUUCGACGGAAUUCAGUCUCUUCCUGAGCAAGCUAGGAGCCACAACAACCCGCUUGCUGGAGGCAUUACCUGCACCAGACCUACAAACACGGCUGGCGAGGCGUACGAAGUUGCGCGUUUUAAGACUCGAGAAAGAAAAAUUGACCAGGGCAGCUGAUGCAUUACUCAACAAUCGCCAUGAACUUCAACGAUUGGCUCAGUCGCCGGCAAUAUUGGAACUACAGGCAAUCUCCACGCAUGACUUUCUCCAGUGGCUCGCGGCACCCGAAUUCUCUGGCGUACACAAAAGACUGUACGAGAAUCACGUGGUCGGAAAUAUUGGUCACGAUGUUGUGGACGACGUGAGAUUCAAGUCUUGGGUGCGAACUCCAGGGAAGGCAUUAUGGUACACUGGGCCAGCUGGCUCGGGAAAAACUCUGCAGUUUUCCGUCACUGUUAACUUUCUGGGCGAUAAAUUCCGCGCACCUAAUUUCGUCGGCUACAUCUAUUUUGGAGUACAAGACCUUGAGCCUGUCGACAUUGUUUGCUCUUUGAUCAAGCAAUUCAUUGUUGCCUUGCACAAACCAACGAUAGAUAACAAGCUCAAGGAGUGGUAUUCUCGUGGGAAGGGUAACCGCUCUGACUAUGCAGAUGCCACCGCAAUAUUGGGACAUCUCAUGCAGCAAGCACCUAGGGCAUUCCUACUCUUCGACGCUAUCGACGAAUUCCCAGGCCACACAAAGGAGUUGGUCCACGAUCUCCAGAUGAGGAUGGGCAGGAUGCGCAGAAACCCACCAAAUGUUCUUCUAACAUCAAGAGAGCAGCUGGUGUCAGAGCCAUUGUUCGAAGACGCUUUCAAACUGGAGAUAAGGCCAAGACUCGAUGAAAUUUCGACUUUCGUGUCUAGAGAGCUCUCGAAGAUGAACUUGUCCUUAUUGCUCACUACUGAACAAGAGAACAAACUGGUUAGCAACAUCGUCUCGAGGGCAUCCGGGAGCUUUCUAUGGGCUCAGCUCGCAUUGGGAGUGUUGGAUCCCCAAAGCAUACACAGCGAAUGGAAGAAAGUGAUAUCAAUCGCCCAAUUGCAACUGGGGGAGUUUUACACUACAAUUCUUGACCGCAUCACCCACAAGGUUGGAGAUAGCUAUGAGAUGAUGCUGCAAAUCCUGACAUGGUUAACUUAUUCCAACACGAGACUCAAACGCGACGAGUUAGAGGCAGCCUUGGGAAUCAAUACAGCUCGUGCCCGCGAAAACACGAACGGCGGACUCAGUUUGAAGCAAUUUGUGGACGUUGCCCGCCCUCUAGUGGAGGAGGAGUACGAUGGUUCUGUCGUCUUGAUUCACAACUCGUUGAAAGACUACCUGCAUAAAUGGUUACCUACACAACUGGAAAUACCUUCCCUGGCUACAACGCCAGACUUAUUGAUUGCACGAAGAUGUCUCAACUACCUCCGACAGAAACCAUUCGCAAAGAAAUCAUUGAGAGAAGUAGAUGAAAUCCAAGAGAGAUUGGCGGAGUACCCUUUUCUAAGAUAUGCCGCUGUUAAUUGGGGUCAUCAUGCGCGAAAGUGCUGCGAUAAGACUCUCAAAGACGAGAUCAUGGCUUUCCUCGAAGCAGGGUUUCCGAUGGAAGCAGCUUGUCUCAUCUUGGGGUCAUGCGAAAACAACAUGGAGCAUUACGAUGAGGCAUACCAACGAAUGACUGGCAUACAUCUGGCUUCUGCUUUCGGACUCCACCAAGUUGUAGAAGAGUUACUGGAUACCGAUCUCUCUGACAUAUGCUCGAAAACAGAUGGCCACUGGACAGCAAUUCACUGGGCAUCCUGGAAAGGCUACGAUAGGGUGAUUACGACCAUUUUAUCGAAACUCAAAAGGAGCGAGGAUUCUUUAACGGCACUUAGAUGGACUACCAGUCUCCGAUGCUGGACGGCACUCCAUCUUGCGGCAAAAGAAGGACAUUUGUCAGUUGUCAAGAUUCUGCACGAAUAUGGUGGCAUCAACAUUGACGUCGCUGAUCUACAGCGAAGAACAGCAUUGUAUUUGGCUUGUUGGGGAAAACAUACUCCUGUUGUGCGCUUCCUGAUGCUGAAUGGAGCAGAUCCAAACUUGCAAGAUGCUUUUGGCAUGACAGCUCUUCAUUGUGCAGCUAAGGGGGGAGACCUUCAGCUAGUCAAGGAAAUACUGAGCCUCGGCCACAAUCGACUCAAUCUCAACAUCGCCGAUCUAUUAGGACAUACUUCGUUAGACGAGGCAAAGCGAAAGGGCCAUGACGCCAUAGCCCAGCUCCUUGAAAAUCUGGGGGCAACCAGUAGUUCUAAAAACGCCUCGAGACCUUUGACAGUGAACUUGGCGGAGUUCUCUAUCUGGAAAGAUAUCCCUCGAGACACGGACUGGUCAUGCUACGAACUUGACCCCGAGAUAACUCGCAGUACAAGGAAGGGUGCACAAGCAACUUGCGAGGUGCUCAGAAACUCCAAGGAUCGAAAAAUGAUGGUAUUCCGGAAAGCUUUCAAAUCAACUACCGAUUUGAUCAUGAGAGGCUCUGAGACUGAACAUAGCAAAACGAUACAGAAGUAUUCAUUAUCGGAGGGGCAAAUCUUGUAUACCCUUUGGCACCCACACAUAGUCCUAUAUUUAGACUCCGAUAUCGAUCCGGAACGCAACACGUUUAACUUAUAUCUGGAGUAUUGCGACUCCGGUGAUCUCCGGAGUAUAUAUGGACUGCCUCUCAAACCAGACGACGCCAAAGACGAAACUGACAGAACAUACGGCUUUCUGGACUCAUCAGAAACUCCCCAACUCAUGGCCCCGCCAUUGAACGGAGUUCAGCUUUGGGGUUUGAUCUGGCAGCUGAGUUCAGCUCUUGCCUAUCUUCACUAUGGGUUAUCAAUGCAACACGAGUCGGGACAGCUUAAGGCUGUGUUUGAGUGUGACUGGGAGAAGUUAUCCAAGGAAAUGCUUGGUCUAGAAAGGGGGAUAUGUACAGUCUUCAAGAGGAAAGCGACUAUCCGACACAUUCAUAAGGCUAAAGACGACUUGGUGAACCCCAGCAACAAAUCCUUUGAUAGUUUCAUGUCAAAAUGCGGUAAUUCAAUCCCAAGCAAGAGAUUGACCAGCCUCAGCAUCAUGGAACUCGCACACAAAGAACUAGUCGCCAGCAAACGGAUCGGAGAGCUACCGCCAGUAGUUGUUGAGGAAAUCGAGUCAGUCCAUGACCUUUUGACUUGCCAUGGUGACGACUACUUGCUCGGUGCGGUUGCAUGCGUUGCUGGGCAUUUAGAUGCCAAGAUAGCGAUCGACGAUCCGCUGUUCAAACAGCACCGGCAUCUCACCGUACAACAGCUUGAGGCCAUUUUCGCUGACGGCGCAAAAAAGUCUUUCAAGUCCUACAGAUGCCAGUAUUCGAUUCAUGUCCUCGCUGUCUUACACCAACCUAGCAGUGGCAAACCGAACAACGGCAGGGUUAGCAGUGAAUACCUAGAGAAAGCGCUGGAAGUCUGUGAGGAACCCGAUUCGACACUUCAGCAGUCAGGUUGGACGCCGCUACACCUUGCUGCACAGCAAGGCAACAUAGAAGCAACUGAGAUCCUCCUGCGCUAUGGUGCGGAUAUGAAUGUAAAGGACAUCCAUAAGAAAACGCCGUACGAUUAUGGGCUGAUGCUUGGGAUGGAUCUCAUGAUGUUGAAGAUGGGCGGACUUGCGGUAAAAGGACCGAGUGUGGCUUUCAACGGCCUUGCGGCCACGCAUGUAAGUCGCUAUGCUCGGUAUGUCGCAUUAGAAAAGAUGGUAAGGUUGUCGAGGAGGAUCGCAGAGCUUGUCGACAGACCUGUGGCAGAUCCUACACAUCCUGUAGCCACUCUUGUCGAGCAGCUUGCCAUGGAGAUGAGGUUUGCCCUCCUUGUGAUUGGAUUCCCUGCGCCAAGCGGUGUGCCGAGGUCCUUAAGUGCGGACGUCAAUUGCCAAGGCCCCUCUGUCUGCGGUGAACGUUGUCCAGCCGAGAAGUAUUGCCAGACAUGCGCCGCGGAUGUCAUCAAGAACAGGGUGGUCGAUCUCAUUCUCAUGGAUGAUUACGGUUCAGUGGACCUGGACGAGGAUCCCUGCAUCUUCCCGGACUGUGGCCACUUUUACACUUACACGACGAUGGACGGACAGAUGGGGCUCCGGGAUCUUUACGAUGUCUCGCCUGAAGGAGUGCCGACGGCCGUCAAAUCGGGGUCUCACCCAUUUUCGGUGACUGAUAUCAAGGUGUGCCCCGACUGCCGAGGGCCUUUGAGAAACAUCUCCAGAUAUGGGAGAAUCGUUCGACGUGGUCUUCUUGAUGAGCCAACGAGGAAGCUCAUCAGCUGGGCCCACAACGUCAAACGAAAGUUGACAGAGGCGUUCUUCGCUGCGCAAGACAACUUGCAGAAGAUGGAAAAGAGCAAAUUCAGCUUUCCUACAGCACAAUUGGGGUUUCCGACGGCUCAAUCGGCAUUUUCUCUCAGAGGAUCUCGGCAGGAACAAAUGACCCAACUCUUCAAGCUCACGGGAAACACCAGGCACGCGGUACUCAAGACGCUACGAUAUCAAAUCACCGAUUUCUUCGGGUCAGUGAGAAAAGAGGAGCACCCAUAUCAGCGCGUGGCACACCUGGUCUGGCACGUCAACAAGCGGCGGCAAACCAGCGAGUACUCAUUCGACGAGUCGGCAAUUCAAAUGGGUGGAAUGCUGGACGCCAUGAAGCUCUCGCUACGGUGUGAUCUCCUUCUGGUCUCUGAUUAUAUUAGUCUGUGCCGCAACGCGACCGACAACGACAAUAAUGGUGCUAAAUCCGCCAGCAUUGAGCCCAUGCCGUACAUUACGGACUGCAAGAAACUGAUUGAGAAUGCGCGAACGAGAAAUUAUUCCCGGCUGGAAGUCGAAGGCCAUAUCUGCCUCGCCAUGUUCUGUUACUUUGCACCACCUGACGAUGCUAAGCCGACGACUGACGCAACAGAGGCAUCGCAUGUAGAAAGCUCAUCCACGAAAGAAAGUAUGAUCAAGCUCGGCGAGGACCACCUUUUAGAAGCUGAGAAGAUCAUCAAAGCAAAUCCAUCCGCAGCGACGCUGGCCUCCGAAAUCGAAACCGCGAGGCGCAUGCUCCACGACGAAGUCUUCUACAGCGAAGUCUCCACCGACGAGAUGCGAGCCGUCUACGCGGCCAUGAGCAAGGAGUUCUCGGGAACAGGACACUGGUACACAUGCCGCAACGGGCAUCCCUUCACCAUUGGCGAAUGUGGCAUGGCGAUGCAGCAGACGGUGUGCCCAGAAUGCAACGCUCCGGUCGGCGGCCGGAAUCACUCUUCGGCCGAAGGCGUGAGAUAUGCGGCAGAGAUUGAUGCACUUGCGCGCGGUAUCGGAAGAAUGGGAUUUUGA